AUUUAGUAUUUGCAUUGAUUGCACACAAGUUUGAACGUAUUGUCUCUUAGUUACACCAUAUCUCAUGGAAGAAAACAAAACAAAUGAGAUUAUAUACGGUUUGUUCGAACAUAAAGAGUAAAAGUUCUGAUUUCAAAUGUUAAGUUUAAAUUUGCAUUAACUCGAAUAUUGUCAUUUCAUUAAGUUUUACAAAAGAAGAGAGUAGGAUUAUUUCUUGAAAUGAAUUUUGUACAGCACUAGAGUCGGGUCGUGGUGAUAAAGCCAAACGACAUUCAUCAAUCUAAAGGAAUCAGUGAACAAGUAACCGGAUUUUAACGGAUGCGGGCUUUACAAAAUUCGGAUGACUUUUAUGUGUUUGGAAUUAGAUUGAUUUCAAAACUUUUUCAAAAACAAAACGUGAAAUUGUGUUGACCACUGGAUUUAUUGUGUGUGUAAAUAUAUUUCUCUCAGAAAAAGACAACAUGAGUAGGGUAAGGAAGCCAGGAAUUCUUAGAGUGAUGACUAAGACCCCAAUUCGGGAAGGUUCUACAAGAGAACGGACAUGGGAAGCUAAAUCUAACGUAUCAGACACUGAGAUGGCAUGUCCUAGACAAAUAGAAAACACGUAUAAACUUACGCCAGACGACGAGAAGAAAUUCAGACCUGGAAAAGUAGAAAGAGUAAUGAAAGAGACACUGACUGAAUAUUUAACUGAUGUUGAAUAUGAAAAGACACUUGGUCAGCGUAUGAGUAAGAUGUUAGCGGAUACCAUAAAGAGUAAGGUCAAAGAGUUCAAAUGGACACGUUACAAGCUGGUGGUACACGUGAUCAUCGGUGAGAACAGGGAGCAAGAUAUCACGGCCGGAAGUAGAUUUCUCUGGCUGGACGACACGGACAACUACGCAUCUACCACGUUCUCAAACAAAUCACUGUUUGCUCUAGCCGUGUGUUUUGGUGUAUACUAUGAAUAACAUAGGUUUUAGUGAUUAAUAUUUUAAUAUUUGAAUGUGUAUUUAAUGUGUAUGUGAUAUAUAUGAAAGCCAUAUGACAUUCAUUGCAGCAGACGAUGAAUUGUUAGUGAUAAAGAGUGAUUUCGGGGACAAUAAUUUUUGUUAUUUAUGUAUUUACUUUUUUUUUAAUCUAGAAAAAAUAUAAUUAUGCCUGUUAAAUAAUUACAAAGACGGUGGAGUAAGUUCUAACUAUUAUACAAUGAAAAAAUAAACAACGGUUAAGGGAUAGUUUUAACAACUGUCUGUUACUUAGAUUUCCAUUCUUGAAAACCAUCUGUAUUACAAUACUUAAAUAGAGAAAUAAAAAUGAUAUAAAUGGUGAUAAAUCGAUAA